AAACGGAACUACGCAACGUCGGCCGCCGGCUUGGGUCCCAAGCUCGGCCUCCUGCUUGACGAUCCGACGAGCUGGUGUGCUGUGGGCGUUUGACUAUCAGAUGCAGGUACAGAGCGCCCAUGAGAGGAUCUCCCACUAAACUCUGAAGUCCUACUGAAGUGAAGCUUGGUCAAGGCGAAACGGCGGCGGUUCUUGCCUCAGCUUCAGUUCACCUCAACUUGGUUCACAUCGCCGGUUAAUCUCUUCUCAUCCUGUACCCUUGUGCCACGCAUUGAUUUCUUCCAUGCGGUGUUCGGUUCCCUGCAAGUAAUGCCCGCCAAUGGAGGCAGCGAAGCGUGCUUGCUGGCCAACGCUGGCCACCUUCCUCUUCUUCCUCCUGCCCGGUGGCAUCCCCUUGGCCGCCGUCGCCAGGGACACCAUCGUCCCCGGAGAUGGCAUCUCAGGGAACCAGACGCUGGUCUCCAAGAACGGCGUGUUCGAGCUGGGCUUCUUCUCCCCGGGCGCCGGCAUCCACCGCUUCCUGGGCGUCCGGUUCAAGCAGAUGCCGAGCACCAGCCCCACGUUCUGGGUCGGGAACAGGGUCGUCAUCACCGACCUGCCCGGCGCGUCGCUGGAGCUCUUCGGCGGCAGCCUGUACAUCAAGGAGGACGGGGCUAGCCUCUGGUGGUCGAGCGUGGCGGGCGACGGCCCCCCGCCGGCCGCCGCCGUCGCGGUUCUCCUUGGCAACGGCAACCUGGUGGUGAGGGACCAGGCCAACUCCUCACGGAUCUUGUGGCAGAGCUUCGAUUACCCCGGCGACUCGCUGCUCCCAGGUGCAAGGCUCGGGUUCGACAGGGACACCGGGAAGAACAUCUCGCUGACGUACCAAGAUUUCUCGCACAAUGGCAGCCUCAGCGUCGAUCAGAGCAGGAGGAACGGGUUCGUUCUCACCACCGACGGCCGCGACCAUCUGGGGACCUUCCCGGAUUGGAUGGUGUUGUCUCAGGACAAUGGCAGCUCACUGGUGCUGAACUAUCCUCAGAACCCAAAUUUGACCGAGUUCUUGCAAUUCCAUUUGGAGCUAGUCAGCUUGAUGCAGUGGUCGGAGGAUUCUGCAGCAAAUACUAGUGGUUGGGUGGCUCGUUGGACCUUCCCUUCAGACUGCAAAUCCGAUGGCUUCUUCUGUGGUGAUUUUGGUGCUUGCAGUAGCAAUGGCAAAUGCGAUUGUGUCGAUGGAUUCGAGCCUUCAUACCCAGCUGAGUGGGGGCUUGGGUACUUUGUUACUGGUUGCUCGAGAUCUCUUCCUUUGAGCUGCGAGACGAAUGGCCAGACCGAAGAUGAUGACUCGUUUAUCCCGUUAGAAAAGCUGCUGGGACUUCCUUACAAUGCUCAGAAUGAUUUAGCAGAAAGUGAUGAAGACUGUAAAGAAGCAUGUUUGAGCAAAUGUUACUGCGUCGCAUAUGCAUAUGAUUCUGUAUGCAAGCUAUGGUACUACAACCUGUACAAUCUGAGUAUAGCUUCUAGGCCUCCAUAUAGCAAGGUUUAUGUUCGUAUGGGUUCCAAGCUCAGGGCCAAAAAUGGCUUACACACAAGAGGGGUUGUAUCCUUGGUGGUCAGCUUGAUAGCACUGACUUCUGUGAUACUGAUACUGGUGCUUCUAUGGAGAUACAGGAGAGAUUGGUUUACUUGCAGAAGGUUCGAAGUAGAAGGUUCUCUUGUUAUCUACUCUUAUGCACAGAUCAAGAAAGCUACAAGGAAUUUCUCUGAUAAACUUGGCGAGGGAGGUUUUGGAAGUGUUUUCAGGGGAACAAUGCCAGGACCAACUGUCAUCGCUGUGAAGAGUCUCAAUGGCCGUGGGCACGUGGAUAAACAAUUCAGAACUGAAGUGCAGACAGUUGGGGUGAUUAAACACACAAACCUAGUCCGUCUUUUGGGAUUUUGUGUGAAAGGGAAUGCAAGGUUGCUGGUUUAUGAAUAUAUGUCUAAUGGUUCUUUGGAUUCGCACCUCUUCUCAGAAAAAUCUUGUCUACUGAAUUGGAAUCUUCGUUACCAAAUUGCACUUGGUAUCGCGAAGGGCCUAGCCUAUCUUCAUGAAGAAUGUGAGGACUGCAUCAUACAUUGUGAUAUUAAGCCUGAAAAUAUACUACUUGAUGCGGAAUUCUGCGCUAAAAUCGCAGACUUUGGCAUGGCAAAACUUCUUGGACGAGAAUUCAACUCUGCAUUGACCACCAUCCGAGGAACCAUGGGAUAUCUUGCACCAGAGUGGAUAUCUGGACAGCCUAUCACUAGAAAGGCAGAUGUUUAUAGCUUUGGGAUUGUGCUUCUCGAAAUAAUCUCAGGGAGAAGGUCUACAAAGAGAUUGAAAUUUGGAAGUCAUCGAUAUUUCCCUCUUUAUGCAGCUGCUCAAGUGAAUGAAGGAAAUGUGUUGUGCUUACUGGAUGGUAGGCUGGAAGGAAAUGCUAAUGUCAUGGAACUUGACAUCACCUGCAGAGUUGCCUGUUGGUGCAUUCAGGACCAGGAGAACGACCGGCCAUCAAUGGGACAAGUUGUUCAUAUGCUGGAAGGAGUUGUAAACACUGAAAUUCCUCCGAUUCCAUCUUCCUUUCAGAAUCUUAUUGAGGGUGAGAACAGCUGUAUAUAUUCUGAUGAUGGCUGAUGUUUUUCCGAGUGGAGACAAUUGGUUAGGAUAGUUAAUUCGAGGCACACAACCCACAUGAUCCAAGUUUAGCACUAGUUUUAUCUUAAGUUGCUAAUGCUUGCUAAAUUUUAUUUUCUUCUUUGACCUACUAGAUAUUAAUAUCUUCAUCUGUUCAGAUCAUUAUGAAUCAGUAUGUAGGGAUUGAAUAUGUCUUAUACCAGGAAAUGCGAUGCAAAAUUGAAAAUUC